GGAAAAUCCUUGGUUUACUUCUCUCUCUCUCAUCAGGCUCGCUCACAAACACAAGGGUUUAAACAAAACAGGAAAAAAAACCAUGACAAACUCUUACACUGCCUUGGUUCGCUUGCGCUUGCGGGCUCUCUCGUUUGCAAUUUAGGGUUUUUCUUUGAGCUCCAGCGCUUCUCUCUCUCUGAUUUCACAUUAUUUAUAAUUCAACUGAAAAAACGUGGUAAGGCUUUUGUCUUGGGCAAUGAGUGGAAGCAGCAGAAAACGUGGUUCUAAGUGGGAUUUGAGAGAAGAGGAUCAAUUUGAAGAUGAAAAUGUAUCAGUUGAUUGUUGGCCUGGAAAAGCAGGCAUGUCUUUUCAUGAGGAAGACUCAGAACGUAGAUGGCUCUCUACGGAGGUUGCUGGUAGUAAUCGCUCAAAGUGGUCUGAUCUGGAGAAUGAUUUGCUAGAGGCAAAGCAUGAUUUGGAACCUUUACCCAGAAGCAGUGUUUCACUCAGGGAUGGUAGCUUCAGUAAAGGCAGAAACAGGAAUUUGGAAGCCACUGUCUCGUGGGAUGGAGAUGGAAGUUAUGGCAUGAAUAUGUCUCCUGGUCUUGAUGAAUGGAGAGGACAAAGUCGUAGUCGCUCCCCCAAAAAUGGUUGGAGCAGGUCACUCAGGGGUAGGAGUAGAAGUAGGAGCAGGAGCCGGAGCAGGAGUAGAAGCCCUGUUCGUGGCAUUAGACGGGAAUCAGGAUUCCAUGACAGAAGUAGAAGCAGAGGAGCAUCUACUCAAUUGUGUAAAGAUUUCGCAGCUGGGAGAUGCCGGAGGGGCAAUCAUUGUCAGUUUCUUCAUCAGGGUAAUCAACAUUAUGAGGAUAACUGGGAAAGUAGGCACAGGAAAGGUGGAGAUUCAAAAUAUUCUACUCCCCAUGAUACCAGGGACUAUACAUCAAGAAUGGGAAGAUCUACUGCAUACUGUACUGAUUUUAUUAGAGGAAAGUGUCGGAGGGGGGCUUCUUGCAGAUAUGCCCAUGAUGGUGCUUCUGAUAGUUUCAGUAAAGGGUCUGCAAAUGAUGUCAUUAGAGAAAGGGAAAAUUAUAGGAAUAGAGACUUAUCUUUUGAACGAGGUGGUGAGCCUGAACAUCGUAGGGUUGGUGAAGUUCCUUGUAAAUUUUUUGCUGCAGGAAAUUGUCGUAAUGGGAAAUUUUGCCGGUUUUCUCAUCAUACACGGGCAGGUGUAAGUCCUGAUGGAAGAUCAGGAGAUGGAGAUGAUAGGUGGGGGCUGCGCCGCCAUUCAGUUGAUAUAGACCGGCUGCGGGAUGGUCUGAAAAGGAGUGAAUGGAGUGAUACGGCUACUGUCUCAGAUGCUACAAAGAGUGAAGACAACGAUGGACAAUUGAGUGCUCCAGCACAAAGGUCCACUGCUUGGUCCAGGGUUGAUACUAGAUGGAGUCAUAGUAUGGAUGAGGGGAAGAGAACUGGUGGCGAUCCAAAAGUUGGUUAUAAAGCAGCUGAGAGCAAUGAGAAGGAAGGCAACCCCUGGAAGGAAGAAAAUGCUGUUGCCAGCAUCAGUGUUCCUGAAUCAAGUGGUGCUGAGAAAUGGUCUGGUGAUAUGGACAUGUCUCCUGAUUGGAAUUAUGGAUUGCAGUCUACCAACCAUGUUGUGAAAGAAGAGCAUGGUCACCUUACUCAGGCUUCACAAUCUUUUGGUUCUUAUGAUACAUUUGUAGUCACUCGAGGACAGGAAAUAACUAAGGAGGCUUCAGUUCCAAUGCAUGAUGCUGCUGCAGUUGUGCAACCAAUUAUAAAUGAAAAAUCUUAUUUCCAACAGAACCACAAUUUGAGGGAUGAUGGUGCUAUUGCAUUGUCAUGUGAUGACAAAAGUGCUAUUGAAAAAACUGUUAGUUCAAGUGUUGAUCUAAACUUUUCUGCCAAUGUCUUGCCUGGACAAUGCUUCGACCAAAAUGGACAGAGUUCAAGCUCCUUACCUCUUCCAAAUAUAAAUAAAGUGGUGACACCCACUGCCUCUUCAAGAGGAGGAACUACAAAAUAUCAACAAAAUCUGGUGUUUUCUCCAAAAUCUCUCACCAAACCAGAAAUUGGGGGUGCUAGUUCAUCACAAGUAAAUCCUGGAAUUUCUCCAAGGCAAAACAUGGUAAGCAGUGAACAGCUGACACACCUUACUAACCUUUCAGCCUCUUUAGCUCAGUAUUUUGGAAAUGGACCGCAACUUCCGCAAAUUUAUGCUGCUCUAAAUUCCCAUAAUUCGGUGGAUGUUCCUUCCAUUUCCAAAUCUGAAGGGAUUCUUCAGCCAGUUUCAGGAGCACAAGUUCAGCAAAACCCAGCCAUUGGAUCCCAGCAGUAUGAUCCUAUAUGUGAUAGCAUAGAGCCUAAGAAGUCCGACAUUAGUAACAACCCUUCAGGCAUUUCACCAAAUCCAUCUGGGCAUAAAAGUUCUGUAGAUGUAAAACCAGAAAUACCGUUGAAAGACAUGUCCCCAUCACCUCUUCCUCACAAACCAAAUGGAAGUGAUUUUCACAGGAUUGGCAGUUCAGAAGAACCUAAUCACAAGAGCCAGCCUUCAAAUCAGCAGGAGACUGGUGCAAAUAAUGAGGUUGCCAUGGAAAACAAUGGAGUGGGGGCUGAGGAAAGCAAGAAAGCACGAGAGGGGAACCAAAAUGCCCAAGAGGAUGGUCCUUUGGGGAAUGUUGAUGGAGAUGCUGAAGCAGAUGAUGGAAAGAAAAGCAAAGAUGUGAAGGGUAUUCGUGCAUUUAAAUUUUCUCUUGUGGAGUUUGUUAAGGAAAUUCUAAAACCCGCAUGGAAGGAAGGUCAAAUUGGCAAAGAUGCUUACAAGACUAUAGUGAAGAAGGUGGUCGACAAAGUGACCAGUACUUUUCAGGGGGCUAAUAUUCCUCAGACACAAGAGAAAAUUGACUAUUAUCUGUCAUCUUCAAAACCAAAGCUUACCAAAUUAGUACAGGCAUACGUGGAAAAAAUUCAGAAGGGCUAAAGGAAGCAUGGAACUCCAGUAAUUCAUUUGUUUAUUUACUUUUGUCUGUUAUACAGCAGUUGGUAUUCCUUUUGUCUUUAUGCUUCUGCAGCCUCCAGCAAUAUUUUUUAUUCCCUGGAUGUGAUUUAGUUCAGUAACAUAGUUAGCUAACUUUUAAACCAUGCUUGUAAAUAUACCUGGGCGUUUGUCUGUAAUCUUCUGAAUAACUUUUUUACUGUGAUUUUUGGGAUUUAUUGCUGGUAACCAUCAAUUCAUUGGCACAAUUCUGCAGUGUCUGAUUCUUAUUA